GCGCAGUCUCUAAGUCAUUCAAAAAUGCCUCCCAGAUACUUUGAUAGAUUGUGGUCCCAAUACCUCACUCAUCAAUCUAUCAAGUUUCAGACACAAUUCUCUAAACUGCCUCUACCAUUGUUCACAUCAACUCAACGCUCACUAUGCACAAUGUCAGCGAACUCGCGUGAAGCUGUAAACUACCGACUACCGCGGUUAGAGCUCCAGAAUGCCUCCUUCCGACGACGAGCAUCUGCACAGCUCUCUGGCUCAAAGGCACAGAGCUGUAGGUAUGCUUCUGGUUUCUUGCCCCGACUUGCGAAAAAGAUUGUACCGAUGGCGCAACGCCCCGGGGGUGCGGCCGAACAAUAUAUUGCCUACGGAAUGACCCAGAGAUUAUUCGAGGCUUGUUCCAAGCAGGGGGAUUACACGAUCCCGCAGCUGAAAGAAAAAGGGGCUCAGGUUCCUAAGACCGAAGCUGGGGAGGAUCUGGGUGUUGGAGAGGGAUGGUGGUAUAAAGGUCUGCUUUCCCCUAUGCAGUUAUUUGACGUCGAGCCAUUGGCGCUGACGUCUUUAAUACCAGAGUUGGGCCUUGUUCCGACAUUCUCGACAUGGUCACAAAUCACAUUUUUACAUAUGUACCUUUUGAUGGUUCGGCUGCGGGCGUUGCCCUCCCGUGACAGUUUGCAGACGUACUCGCGCCAUUUGAUCGACCACUUCUCGCAUAAUGCUGAGUAUCGCAUGGAUGUUUUACACGGAUUGACAAGCCGUGCCAUCAGAAACAAGUUUCUGAAGGAUCUCUUCAUUCAGUGGCGUGGUGUUCUCGCUGCAUACGAUGAGGGUCUUAUCAAGGGCGAUGCCGUGCUAGGGGCUGCCAUAUGGAGAAACUUGUGGAAGGCGAGCUAUAAUACCCCUGAUGGAGAGGAAAUUGAUUGGGAGAAAGUUGCUCGCGUCGUAGCCUAUAUGCGGCGGGUGCUCUCGGAACUGUCGGAGCUACAAGAGGCGGAUCUGAUCCUUGGGCUAGGGUCACUCGAUUGCGACAAGCCCGGGAUAUUCUCACCUUCUAAAGCAGAUAUGCUUUUGGUAAAGGGGAAGCAUUAG